AUGGAGCCCAGAGAAAGUCACCCGGAGACCGAACCUCAGCGCCAAAGAUGCACGCUCACCGACCUUAAGCAUCAGGCUGCGGAAUAUUACCGGAGCAACGAAAUACCGCAGCGCCUGGAGGAAGUGCUCAAUGCAAUGUUUUACCUCCGCCCGUCAGACUUCUAUGGGCACCUGGCAAACUACUUCUCAAAAUUAUCAAAGCCUCCAGUGAUAUGCAGAUUAGUUGGGAAAAAGGUGCUGGAUGGGACUGGUCAUCCAGCAUUACAAGUGGAAGUGUCUUGCCAAGUUAAGAACUCUGAUAAGAGCAUUUGUUCCAGCAUGAUCUCUUCUCAUGCUGAAAUUCUUGAGAAUGCUUCACCAGAAGAAGUGGAUGCUGAUGAAAAGGAAAGGCAUGAAUGUGUAGAUAUAGCAAUUGAAUGGAUAAACGAAUCAUUGAAUGAAUUGCUCACAGGCCUUCAACCAACUGACCAACAUAAAGUUGAUGAGCUACUUAGUGAAUAUUUCAGAAAGAAAGUAGAAGAAGAAGAAGAAAGAAGAAUAGAAGCAGAAAAAGAGAAAGAAACCCAGGAAGUAGUAUUUCCUUCUCCACUUCCUGUUACAGCACCUUCUGGAAAAAAGAAACAAGCAAAGCUAGGGAAGAAGAUUUCAGUUGUGGAGAAUCCAAUCCCACCAGCUGAACCUGCUGAACCAAUAACUAAGGGUAGCAUGGCUAUUGGGUGUAUAUCUCUUGCUGUUGCAAAGACAGCUGCAACUACUAGUGACAUGCCUUUGUACUUACAGAUUGCUUUAAUGAAACACAAUCAGGAUCUGCCUAAGGAACUGAUUAUGCCAUCGCCAAUGAUAACACUUUUGAGCUGUGGAAAAUUAUCACCUGGAAAAUUAAAUCUAAUGAAAGAAGUAAUGUUUAUACCUCCAGCCUGGUUAACAGUUAAACAAGGUGUAGAAAUGUCUCUGGAUAUUCAGAAACAAAUAAUGAAGUUGCUGGAACCAGUGGGUAAAGGGCAACCUAUUUCUCCAGCGGAAAGUAAGAAGUCUGCUGCACGAGAUACAGGAAAAAAAGCUCCACAACCUGUUAUUAAGAAAAUGUCUCACUUAGGCUGCAUAGUAACAGGGAGUGAAACUCUUGAGCAACCUCUGACCUUGAUUCAAACAGCUUGCACAAACAUUGGCUUGGAAUUAGGAAUAGAUCUGUAUUUGGGAAUAAAUUGUGCUGCUCAUGAACUAAUGGACUAUAAUAAAGGAAAAUAUGAAGUAUUGUUUGGAACAUCCAAAAACCCUGAUGAAAUGGUGGAUAUGUAUGUGAAUCUAAUUCAUAAAUUCCCCUCUAUUAUAGCAUUAAUUGAUCCUUUGAGGAAAGAGGACACUCAGCAAUGGGAGAAUUUAUGUAGUAAUCUGGGUUCAAAAUGCUACCUUAUUGCAGAACAUGCAUGCAAGAAUAUGCCUAAAUAUUUAGAUGGCCAAAAGAAGAAUGCACCAAAAUGCAGUGGUCUCAUUUUGAAAUGCACCAAUGAAACUAAAAUUUCUGACCUUUUAGAAAUGACCAAGCUUUUAGAUGGUCUGAAACAUCUUUCUAUAUUUGGAACCUCAGAUGGAGAGUCUUCUGAUGACAGCCUUGUGGAUCUUGCUGUUGGACUGGGAACCAGGUUUAUCAAGUUGGGAGGUCUCUCACGUGGUGAAAGAGUGUCCAAAUACAAUCGCCUUCUUGCUGUAGAGGAAGAACUGACCAAGAAUGGAAUACUAUGUGCAAGAGAUGACUAUGAAUUUGUGGAUUUUACUGAAGAUGAACAAGAAGAGGAAGAAGAAGAGUUUGACUGUAGUGAUUUGGCUGUGGAAGUAGUACCACUUGCUUUGUAGAAAGUGAUGCUUCAACAUUUGACUUUUGUUGGCCCAGUUCUUCACUUGGGUGCAAACUGCAUUUUACCCAGACUAUCAAAAUGGGACAGCAGCUGAUAUGAGCUCUGGCUCAUCACUCUUUGAAAUACAUAGGAAUAGUCACAUGAGAUCGCUGAAUAUACUGACUGCAAAAAGCUUGAAUUGCUUAUGGCUGAUAAUCUACUUCAGUGUGGUAGUUAACAAAACUCAGUGAACUUUUAUGCAAUGCUUCAUUGAAAUAAUUACCAUAAUAAAUAAUCAUACUACUAC